GUUGCACACCGCACUGUAGUCUUUGCUUGGUACAAUUGGCGCCCUGAUUUCUCCCGACUGACGUAGGGCUCGCUAUAUUUGACCUUUGUAAAAGUCAGAUGGCUGGAGGUAGUAUCACGCUAUUAAUGAUUUUGCUCUGCACCAUGACUCCGCGAACAUUUUUCGCGUACAUUUUUAUCCGUUGUGGUAUUCUCGUUGUUGUUUUAAAUUUACCAGCAUUCUUAUCUAUUGUAACCAUCAAGAAUGCUACAUAAAUCACAUUUCUUUAGCCUACGGACAUCGAUUCGACUGACGGCACUCAUCACAAUUGCGUCUCUCGCCUCAACACAAAUCACAAGUGCUCAAACGACGAGCAGCUGCAACCCAACACAACAAAACGGCUGCCCAGCUGAUCCGGCACUUUCCAAGUCAAUCGAUGUCGACUUUACCUCUGGCGAAUCGGAUCAGUUUACGGCCUCAGGAUUACUGACAUACGGCCCAAACGGGGUAUCAUUUACCGUGGCACAGUCAGGAGAUGCACCCAUGCUCACAUCGAAUUGGUACAUCAUGUUUGGCAAGGUCGAAGUGAAGAUGAAGGCUGCUCCCGGUCAAGGUAUAGUCAGCAGCUGCGUGUUGCAAUCAGACGACCUUGACGAGGUAGAUUGGGAGUGGGUUGGAAAUCAGCAGGACCAAGUACAAUCCAUCUACUUUCGGAAAGGUGAUGCUUCGACAUCUGGCCGUGGUGCGGCCUUCCACAUGGACAAUCCUACAGAAGACUUCCAUACCUACACUAUCGAUUGGACGUCAACAGAGUUGGUGUGGCAGGUGGACGGAAAGACACAGCGUGCUUUGAAAGCUACAGAUGCUGGUGACCAAUACCCUCAAUCGCCUAUGCUGGUCAAGCUCGGUAUCUGGAGUGGUGGUGACUCGUCCAAUGCUCCUGGCACGAUAGCCUGGGCUGGAGGCAACACAGAUUAUUCAGCAGGACCCUAUACAAUGGUAGUUCAGUCUAUCUCGGUCACAGACUACUCCACCGGCAAGUCUUACUCAUACUCAGAUCAGACUGGCAGCUGGACGAGUAUCACAGCGGCUGGAGGGUCCAUUAAUGGUGGCUCGACGAAUGUUGACACUUCAGCACCCGCUAUAACUUCCGUUGUAAGCGGCGCAGUUCCUUUCAAAGGGACUCACCGGACAUGGACAUCUGUGUCGACCCCAGGUAUCGGCAACUGGAAAGCCACAGCAUCCGGCAUGACCAGUACGGUGGCCACCACAUACCCCGGACUGCCCAGCGGCUGGUCAGUAGAUCCGAGCUCUGGCAAAGUCGUUCCUCCAAGCAAAGCCACCACAGUUACGAUACCUUUUCGCAUGGUUCUCCUCUUCAGCUGUAGUCUCUCGGCGGGAUUAGCCAUGGGCUUCCUCUUGUGAAGUCUCUGCCCAGACACCCCGCUUCCUCACGGAACAUCUCGCGAUUCUUCCAAUUCCUAUUUGAUAAUAUUCGUAAUAGAAAGCACCUUUUCGAGAAAAGACAACGGACAGACCCUCCGUCGCUCCACGAAAGCCGUUCGCCCCGCAAAUGAGGAGGGAGGGGAAUGGAGCCAUGUGAGCAGUCCUGGGGAAUAAAAUCACUUCGUCUUAUGGCGUAAACUUGGCUAGAGCCAAACUAUGACUAAAAAUACGUAACAAAGUAUGCAAUUAUGAGCAUCAUGAACGAAAUGAAGUCAGGACACCUAUACAGAUCGGAUAACGAGGGAUUGAUCGCGAGAGAGGGAUAUACGACUACAAACACCAUUCAUUCAAUAUGGCCACGGUUAAGAGCAGGAAAGCGAGCAUCCGUGCUAUCUUUACUCGCUCCCUAUAAUCCGUCUAUAUCCGCGCAUAGGGCGUCCA